GGGUAGUAGAUGAGUGUAGCUGCUCUAGUAAAGUCAGUAGUUUUCCAGCUCAUCACGGGUGUUUUUUUAUUGUAUGUAAUUUUGUUGGCUACUUUGAAUGUUAGUGCAUUGUUCGUAUUAUGACUUGCCUUACAUGCACAGUGUAUUUUUUGAUGAUUGUUUCGACCAUGAGCUCAAGAUUUUGCUGUGCAGCGCUUCUUGAUAUUUAGCGGCACCUUUUCGGAUGUAGCUUAUUGCCACUUACGCUUUGCAAGUGAUUGUGAAUUAAUUCCAAAAGUCUCAUUUUGUGAGAGUAACUCUAUUCUGAGAAACGAAAUUUUUUUCCUAAUCUAUUUUGAACGUGAAAUUUUUGAAAUUUGCUCGAUUUAGUGUUGCCACCAGAAAGUUUAUUACUGUGGUAAGUGAGUGCCGGGUACAAGAAUAUUAGUCCGGAAGUGUACCAGAAACAAGAACAUUAGUCAGGAAAAGUGCAGGAAACAGGAACAUCAGUCAGGAAGAGUGCCGGGAACACGAAUAUCAGUCAGAAAGAGUGCCGGAAACGAGAACAUCAGUCAGGAAGAGCGCCGAGAACACGGACAUUAGUUGGAAAGAGUGCCGGGAACACGAACAUAUGUUAGGAAGAGGGCUGGGAAAAGAAAAUUGGUCAGCAAGAGUUCCCGGAACAAGAUCAUAAAGUACGGAGAUUCUCAGGAACUUGAUGUAUUGAAUUAAAUACAUGAAUAUACGUUUGAAAAGUUCGGGUUUCACUGCUGAAAUUCACGGUGGCGCUAUUUUCUUCAACAUCACUACCUGCCGUCGUGCCGUUUGCUCCUGGGAAGCGCCGCGCUGCGUGCAGCAGCCACACGAGCAUGCACGAAGAGAAGCAACAGGUGCUGCAGGCUGUCGCUGCUGUUGCAGCCGCAGCAGCCCAGCAGCCUGCGGGUGGUAACACUCCAGCCACCGCUGGUCCUUCUACAGCGCCCACCACGGGCAUGAGAGCGCCCUCUACAGCGACGCCACCGUCAGUACCACGGCAUCCUGCUCCCACGCGGCUCUCGGGUGCCCCUGGAGCUGCUGGGUUUGCUAUUCCCUCCACCACCACGACCACUUCUCCUUCGGCUGCCGCGUUGCCUGCUGCGGCGGUCGCUUCUGCCAUUCGUUCUCCUGCGCCUACGGUGGUCACUGCAGUCGCGCACGGUGCAUCGGCAGCGGUGACGAGUACGGCAACUUUAUCCGGAGUGCCGGGCCCUGACAAUUCACUGCCUUCAGCAGCAGCCCGAAGGACCGGCCCUCUGCCUUCAGCAGCGGGUCGAGGGACUGGCCCUCUGCCUUCAGCAGCGGGUCGAGGGACUGGCCCUCUGCCUUCAGCAGCGGGUCGAGGGAUCGGUACCCUUCCUUCAGCAGCUAGAGGAGUUCCUAACACUUCACCUUCAGCAGGAGCCCGCGUGACCAGCACUUCUUCAGCAGCAUUACGCCCCACACUGGAACCACCGACGCUGAUGCCAGCGUCUUGCUUGAGCUGUCAUAAAUCCGCCGAGAGCUCCGUCGUGACGGCCGCCUCGUCUUCUGCUUCUCACCAUCCCAUGUUUUUGGCUCACCGGACGCUGCCUCCUACGUUUCCUACGACGCUCGUGUGCUCCAGGCCUCCUAUCUUCCCUCCACCUCCUCCUGUCCAUCAUCACCUUCACCAUAGUCUUGUGCACCAUCCUCCUCCGCCUCCACCACCUCCACCGCCUCUUCUCCAGCAACAGCAGCAAAUUCCAUACUCUUAUUACGAUGAAGAUGACGGUGCUAGCCAGUGUGGACCACCAGGGUCUCGUCGGCCAUACAACACUCUUAGGAUAUCCAAAUGGGUCAACCCAAUACCUUUUGAUCCUGACGAUGGGCAGCAGCAAGUCGGCGAACAGGAGCUGGCCACGAAGAUGCUUCAAAUUCAGAGUAAACGUUUUUACAUUGACGUCAAACAGAACAGACGGGGUCGCUUCAUGAAAGUGGCAGAGAUCGGAGCUGACGGUCGGAGGAACCAAGUAUUCUUAGCAUUGUCUACCGCGGCUGAGUUUCGAGAACACCUUUCUCAAUUUAGUGAUUUCUAUUCUAAUUUGGGACCGCCGAAUCCUGACACGCUACCCGAAGACGGCAAACUCAAAUCUGAGACAAUGGUUAAAGACAACAGACGGUACUACCUCGACCUCAAGGAAAAUUCGAGAGGGCGGUUCCUGAGGGUAUCACAGACAAUCGCACGAGGCGGGCCGCGCUGCCAGAUUGCGAUCCCAGCGCAGGGUAUGAUAGAGUUUCGUGACGCGCUCCAGGAGCUGCUGGACGAGUUUGGCACCGACGAUGGAGGGUUCAAAGGAGAACUGCCAGAGGGGCGUCACAUGCGCGUCGAGAACAAGAACUUCUACUUUGAUAUCGGCCAAAAUAAUAGGGGCAUCUACAUGCGGAUAUCAGAGGUGAAAACGAACUUCCGAACGGCGAUUACGAUUCCGGAAAAGUCUUGGUCUCGGUUUCGUGAUAUAUUCACCGAUUACGUGGAUAAAAUGAAAGACGGCAGCGACAAAGAAAAAGCUCCAGCUAGUGGCGAAAGUUCUUUGUCAUCUCCCAAUAAAUGAGUAGGCUCAUAUGACUAGGCAAUUUUUGAGGUUAUUUGAUGUAUAACUUUUAAGAUUCGCCAUGCUGCGGUGUAUGCCAGUGGAGGAGGAACACAGAGUCGUCGUACGCCGGCUAGGCGGCUCAGCUGCUGUAACUUCGUAUAUGUUGACCGACGGUAGUGCGGCAGUCCUGGCAAACAAUGGGAAUUUCAUUCAAUGUGACUGCUCGUCGUUUGAUAUCUGGACGGACCUCGAGGCUAUCAACUUCGUGCGAGUCUUCUGUUCUGUGGACACUCUUCACAAUUUUGUUCUCGGCGUAAUAUUAAACGAUGAGGCUCUCAGCUCAGAAAGUCCCGUGUCGCGUCAUCAUAAGCUGUAUAAAGUGUAAAGAAAUCGUAUAAUAACCAGAGUCUUCUAUUAUAUUGCCUGUGAACCAUUCAUUUUAGUACGGCGGUACGAGGAGUAACUGUGUUAUUAGUUACUAUCAAGGGAAACCACUCCUGCCUAUUCUCUUGUAGGUCAUCCACCUUCAGUUAAGAUUGAUGCAGCUUGUGCUGCCACUGCCAGCUAACUUUGACUGUCCAGUGGCAAAUGUCGUUUACGAGAUCUCGCUGGCUCUCGUGCCAACCAUCAAACCGUGCGCUCAUUGCUGCUGCUGUUGUUAGUAUCCGAAUUUAUUGGCUUCAUCAAAGAUGAAUCGCGUUUGAAGCUGUUACACACGCCUGCCAAUUGGGAAAGUCGUUUAAUUCUUGUCUAUCCUUUUUUUUCACUAAUUCCCAACGAAGUGCCGGCCAAUUUUUUGUUUCACUAGUUCCCAACGAAGUGACGGCGGUGCGAGGGAAGCUCGUUUGGUAUGUCUGACCUACCGGUGCCGUCCUGGUGACGCUUCUUAGUCAUUCUAGCAGAAUGUUUUCAUUAAUGCAGAAAUUUUCGUUGUGCGGAAAGUUCCCAUUUGUUUACCAUUUAUCCAUGUUAAAACCAUAUUAGUGCACUUCACUAAUGUCUCCGAAUUUAUAAUGUUUUCUCUUGAUCAGAUCAAUACCGAGCUGGUGUAGGUAUUUUAUGUUGCAAUUGUUCGGAUAUUGCUUCGUAACCUGCCACUGUUCCUGAGUUGUUGUUUUACAUUUACCCUCUAAAUCGACCGUUUUGCAGCGAUCCAGCGGUUGACUCGGGUUGUAAGUCCGGCCAUCGGUUAAACUACUAAUCCUUUUCUCCCUAUUUUGUGGUGUGCCCUUCUUUGCAUACGGUAAGCCUAUGCUUGGAAUUUCUGACGCACCUACGUUCCUUUUGGAGCCUUUGCAAUGGGUACACGUUUUGUAGCACAUUCGAUAAUUCUGCGAAUACUGUGUCGUAAAAGAUAGAUUGACAAACCCUGUUGGAUGAUACUGCUUAUGUGAUAUACCUUUCUGGUUACGCGGUCAUAGAGAGGUAAAUGAAUGUCAGUUUAACAAGUUUAUUUCUAGUCACGGCAAUAUCUUUGUACUAACACACAUACGUUGUCAGAUCGUGUCCUGAAAUAAGAUUCUUGCUCCUGUUGUAGAAGCAAAACUCCAUCAAAAUAGGGCGCUAAUAUCUCUAAAGAAUACUAUUCAGACUUCAUCUCUAAUCUGCCGAUUAGGUGGCGUUUCAAAAUUACUUGCUAAGUGAAAAAUCUAGGGAGAAAAGCCGUAAUUUUUAUGUCUGGGCGAAACCUGGGGCUGGGCUUCGCCUGUUCUUGCUACUUAGAACUGCCAUUCGUGAUGCCAGGAGGAUUUGUAUCGCCAUGCGGUCGUGCAUUGUAGGGGUCACUGUACCGCUCAGCUCACGUUUAGUAGCUAAAGGAAGAAAGCGGCGAGUCUCUUGGUGUGCUGACUCGAUAAUCUCUUCACACCAGCAAUACUCAAAGGGGCCGCUCCUGCAGUGCUCUACAUUUAUUCCAUUUAUUUCUUAUGUGUAGUAAUGUGUACUUCAAUUUUGUAUGACAUUUGUAGAAAAAAUACACGGAAUGCUGGCUUCAUCAGGCCCGUGUGCGGUGGAUAGUUGGUGCAACUUACCUUCUGUAAAAUGAGCGCAUACUUUGUUCGUCAGCGCUCUCACAUCCAUGAGGUAGCUUGUUUAAAUACUACAUUAUACGUCUUGAAUAACUUCACGCUAUUUGUCGGCUCUGGUUUGAUGCUUGAAUUCCAGCGUGUAAUGCCCAGUUAUAGGAGCGCCGUGUGCCGUGUAAACCGCUACGGUAGUAUAACGGACACCUCACCUUGAGCAUCAUUCUCCGCGUUGGCAAUGCAGUUUCUUAGGAUGCUGGCAUGUCGGUGAUGUAAAAGGAAGAUUGUACAUGUACGUGUCUAUGUAAAUCUGUUUUCUGAAACGGCGUGCGUUUCUGCAAAUCAGAUUUUUCACUACGAGCCUAAUAUUGGCAAAUACUGAUUUAUUCAUGAAUCUAUGCUGUUGGGUGGGGGCAUUUGAUUCACUCACCAGUCGGAGCAGACGAGCUUCGACUGCAUUUGAAGCAACUUCACUGCCAUUUUCUGUAGUUAAAGUGUUGGACUGGAGAGAAAUGAGAUCGCUUAAGUGGCAGCGUCGCACUGUCCAGUUAUCGGAGCAUAGCUGCUCGUUGCUUGCGAAGGAGAUUUAUGUGGUUUUCUAGUUGGGUUUGCUGUUUUGAUGGAGUUUCUUAUUUGUUGUGAAUCCUAGAUGCUUGUUACUGUCUGGUUUGUACUGGAUGAAUAGUGUUGGACUUCGGUUUGUUUCCAUGAGUUACUUGUGUAUCGUAUAGCAACUGUUACUUGCUAAUCGUUAAGACAGAAAAAAUCGUCUCUUUAUUUAUUGAUCGGGAUAUGCCCCCAAUUCUUUAUUGUUGCUGUUAUAAAUCGGCUGCCAGUUUGGCGCUCUAUCUGCUUAUCGUCUAUUUAGUGGUUGAGACUUGAACUGGAGUACAGGGACUUUGCUCUCAUCGUAAGAGCGUCUGAAGUGUAACGGAAAGAGGAAGUCUUGAAGCGAGCAUCACGCGCGCGACUAAGUGCAGAGCUUGCUCAGAAUUUGAUUAUUCCUAGUUGUCUGUCUAUGAGGACACAGGUGAAGUGGAGUUAUAUUUCAUGAUUUUCAUUGCAGCUUUACGAAAAAGUUUUCUACACCAAAUAAGGAACACUUUCAUACUGCGAUGACUGUGACGUUCAGAGCUCUUUUGUCGAGAUGAGGAAUCCUGCUGUGAUGAGUUUUGAGCGGCAUCAGAGAGGAUAUUGAUUUUUUUUUCCCACCAUUUAUUUCUUGCUUGAAAAACUCUAGCCUUAUUACGAAUAUCCCAUUCAUUGUCGGAAGAAAAAUUCAGUUUUUAUGAUAUUUUUAUACUAGUUCAUUAUUUAUUCUAUACUAGAGUUCGAUUCAUGAAUGCGAGCUUCGAAAUUUUCUAUUAUGAUCAUUUUUUGGUGUAUAAAAAUGUAGGACAACUCUUGUUGCCUAUUGGUUGGCUUGUUAAAACAUAAUUUCUUGACCGCACAUUUAGACGUCUUACCAAAGAAUCUAGAGCGCUCGAGUCUGUUCUGACUCCAGAAUCAUGCUGGCUUGGUCUGUCCCGUCCGAAGCUCUCGACCAUAAAGGGACUGGAAUUUGACAGUCGACAGAUACGGCAAUAGAUAGGCUUUGACUGGA